AACUCACUGUGUAGUCCAGGCUCCCCUAAGUUCAUGCCUGUUUUGCUCCAGACUGUGUACUGGAAAAGAAGAAACCACCACACAGAACGCAUUUGUUGUCCAGGGCCUCACUCUGCAGCCCGCCUCGGCCUGCAUCCAGGUAGCUGAGAUCGGCCUUGAAGUCCUGAUCCUCCUGCCUGCACCACCAAGCCUGGCUCUCAUGUGUGAAACUUGACCAGUGUGGAGUUGGCCUCUCUCAGCCAGGCAUCAGAGGUGGAGGAGAAAGAUAUGGACCCCCCGGACUCGGCCUCGAGGGUCUUCUGUGGCCGCUUCCUCAGCAUGGUGAACGCUGAUGAUGUCAACGCCAUCAUCCUGGCCCAGAAGAACAUGCUGGACCGCUUUGAGAAAACCAACGAGAUGCUUCUGAACUUCAACAAUCUGUCCAGCGUGCGGCUGCAACAGAUGAGCGAGCGUUUCAUGCACCAUACUCGCACCUUGGUGGACAUGAAAAGGGACCUGGACAGCAUCUUCCGCAGGAUCAGGACACUGAAGGGAAAGCUGGCCCGGCAGCACCCAGAGGCCUUCAGUCACAUCCCGGAGGGUUCAUUCCUAGAGGACGAAGAUGAAGAUCCCAUUCCACCCAGUAUCACCACGACCAUCGCCACCUCGGAACAGAGCACAGGCUCAUGUGAUACCAGCCCUGACACUGUCUCACCAUCUCUCAGCCCUGGCUUUGAGGACCUAUCACAUAUUCGACCCGGUUCCCCUGCCAUCAAUGGCCACAGCCAGACAGAGGACGAGGAAGAGAUACAUGGAGAAUAGCCCCUCCCCUUCCCACCAUCCCAGAAAGGCUCGGGCAGCAUUGCUCUUCCUGGGGUCAGUCAGCUUUGCUGCUCCAUUCUGUCAUAAGGCAGGGUCCCUAAUUCCUGCCCCUCCUCCCAAAAGCAGGACUUCCCCAUGCCAGGACAUGCACCCCAGCUGGGGCAGUGGGGCUGGCUACAGGUAUCCUUGAGCUCAGCCUGGGCCAGCUUUGAACAGUCCCCAGAGACCAAGGCCAGAUGUCCCCCACACCACGGUGGGCCCCUGGAGGAAGAAGGUGCCUGCAGGGCUGAGCUUGUCUCAACUUGCUGGCAGCUGCUGACUUAACUCUGGUCUCCCUGCCCUCUGUGAAGUACUUUUUCCUGUCAUGGUGAAUUCUGGGAGAGGUAGAAGGUUCAAGACAGAGGCAGCCUUGAUUGUGGGGAGCUGUUUCUCAUAGGUUCAGCUGAAUGGAAUAUUUUUGUAUCGGUGUUUACAGAUGUUGUUGGGAAGUUGUCAGUAAAGACUUCUUAAAGGGAA